UAUGAGGGCGACCGGCGCGACAACAUCGUUGACCUGCUCUUCGUCAAGGACCUGGCCUUCGUCGACCCCGAUGACUGCACCCCCUUGCAGACUGUCACCCGCUUCUACCGCCGCCCGCUCCACUGCGUCUUCAAUGACACACGCCUCGACACGCUGCUUGAGGAGUUCAAGAAGGGAAAGUCCCAUCUGGCCAUCGUGCAGCGAGUGAACAACGAAGGGGAAGGAGACCCGUUCUACGAGGUGAUGGGCAUUGUCACCCUGGAGGAUGUCAUUGAGGAGAUCAUCAAGUCCGAGAUCCUGGAUGAGACGGAUCUGUACACGGACAGUCGGAAGAAGGAACGGGUGCCCCACCGGGGACGCAAGCCCCAGGACUUCUCCAUCUUCAGGCUCUCGGACAGCGAGAUGAAGGUGAAGAUCUCCCCGCAGCUCCUCCUGGCUACGCAUCGGUUCAUGGCAACAGAAGUGGAGCCUUUCAAGUCCCCCUACCUCUCCGAGAAGAUCCUGCUGCGGCUCCUGAAACACCCCAACGUCAUCCAGGAGCUCAAGUACGACCGAAAGAACAAGAAGGCAGUGGAACAUUACCUCUACCAGCGCAACCGCCCUGUCGACUACUUCAUCCUCAUCCUGCAGGGGAAAGUGGAGGUGGAGGUUGGUAAGGAAGGACUGCGGUUUGAGAACGGGGCAUUCACCUACUACGGUGUCCCUGCCAUCAUGGCUGUCGUCUCCUCAGAUAAUGACGUGCGGAAAGUGGGCAGCCUGGCUGGAUCCUCCUUCCUGCUGAACAGGUCACCGUCGCGGUGCAGCGGGCUCAACCGCUCCGAGUCCCCCAACCGGGAGCACAACGACUACGGGGGCAGCACCACACAGCUCCACAGCAGCAGCAACAACAUCUACACUCCCGACUACUCCGUGCACAUCCUCUGCGACGUGCAGUUUGUCAAGGUCACCCGGCAGCAGUACCACAACGCGCUGGUGGCCAGCCGCAUGGACAGCUCGCCCCAGUCACCCGACAUGGAGGCCUUCGACAGGGAUUCAACCAAGGCCUCAACCACGCGGGGAACCCCACAGACACCCAAGGAAGAUGCCACCACCCUCCUGAAUGAGAGGAACAGCAUCAUGUGCAGCCGCUCCGAGGGGCUGCGCAGUCCCAGCGAGUCGGUGUUCCUGCGCAUGGAGGGCAUCCCCUUCAUCCAGGAGGAGCUGGCUGACAAUGAGGAGAACAGCAAGCGGCAGAGGCUGCAGUGCCCCGGGGCACUGCAGCCAGGCUGGGCUUUUGCAGACAGUGAGUGCUGCAGCACCAUCCUGGAGGCAGAGUCCCCGGGCAGAGAGGCUGGGGCCAGCUCAUCGCCAAGCAGCUCCGAGGAGACGCUGGGCAGGAGGCUGCUGAGAUCCCUCAGUGGGCGCAAGCAGCAGCCGUCGCUGGAGGGUGAGAAGACGCCAGAGGAGAGCUCCAAUCUCGCCCCGUUAAUCACCUGA